GCGGCGGUGGCGCAUGCGCGUUGAGCACUCAGCUGAAGGGUCUCCAUUUUACUUCCGAAAGAUAAUAUCGGGCGUUCGAGCGGGGCGAGGGCCAGGCCACUGAUACUCCCCCCAAACUUCUCACCUUAUUCCCUCUCUGUUGGCCCGGCCGAAGUUUAAAUGGCAGCCGGGGCCCGACCAUGGACAUCAAGACGGCAGUUUUCAAUGCAGCUCGGGACGGCAAGUUGAAACUUAUGCAGAAGUUGCUGGACAACCGGAGCGCCGAGGAGCUGGAGGCGGUGACAUUGGAGAAAACCAAUGGCGGCACCCCCCUGCUCAUCGCCUCCAGGUAUGGCCACCUGCAGGUAGUGGACUACUUGAUGGAGCACUGCAAGGCCAAGGUGGAGCUGGGCGGCUCGGUCAAUUUCGACGGGGAAACCAUCGAAGGGGCCCCGCCGCUGUGGGCAGCGUCGGCCGCUGGGCACCUGUCGGUGGUCCGGACUCUCCUGGAACACGGGGCGUCCGUUAACAACACCACCCUGACCAACUCUACUCCACUGCGGGCCGCCUGCUUCGACGGCCACCUGGAGAUCGUCAAGUACCUCAUCGAGCACAGAGCAGACAUGGAAGUGGCCAACAGGCAUGGGCAUACUUGCCUCAUGAUCUCGUGCUAUAAAGGGCACAAGGAGAUUGCCAAGUAUUUGCUGGAGAAAGGAGCGGAUGUGAAUAGGAAGAGUGUGAAGGGGAACACUGCUUUGCACGAUUGUGCAGAGUCAGGAAGUCUGGAAAUCAUGAAAAUGCUGCUAAAAUGUGGGGCUAAAAUGGAAAAGGAUGGUUAUGGAAUGACCCCCUUACUUGCUGCCAGUGUCACAGGCCACAUGAAUAUUGUGGAGUUUCUUAUUAACCAUGUGCAGACCAAGAAGGAAGACCGAAUUGAUGCACUUGAACUAUUGGGAGCUACGUUUGUUGAUAAGAAAAGGGAUUUGCUGGGAGCCAUGAAGCUUUGGAAGAGAGCAAUGGAGAAGAGGCAUAGUGAUAAAAGCAAAGUAGUUAAGAAGCCACAAGUGGGUCAGUUGGUACUAGCCUAUGAUUAUGCAAAAGAAGUUACAACAUCUGAAGAGUUGGAAGCUUUGAUCACUGACCCAGAUGAGAUGAGAAUGCAAGCUUUGUUGAUCCGAGAGAGAAUUCUUGGUCCAUCCCAUCCAGACACUUCCUACUAUAUUCGUUAUCGAGGUGCAGUUUAUGCUGAUUCUGGAAACUUUGAAAGGUGCAUCAAUUUGUGGAAGUAUGCGCUGGAUAUGCAGCAGAACAAUUUAGACCCAUUGAGCCCUAUGACUGCUAGUAGUUUGCUCUCCUUUGCUGAGCUUUUUUCUUUUGUCCUGCAAGACCGUCCAAAAGGCACCUUGGCCAUGAAAGUAUCUUUCAAUGAUCUUAUGGGCAUCUUGUGCAAAAGCGUUCGUGAAGUUGAGCGGGCAGUGAAUCAACGAGAGAACCCACCUGAUGUUGCACAAUUCACAAAAGCUUUAUCUAUUAUUUUACACUUGAUCUCCUUGUUAGAAAAGGUGAAAUGUCGCGCUGAUCAGGACCAUUACAAGAAGCAAACCAUCUAUCGGUUGUUGAAGCUGAACCCAAGAGGGAAGGGUGGAUUUACCCCAUUACAUCUAGCGGUUGACAAGGACACAACAUCAGUUGGCCGUUAUCCAGUUUGCAAGUUCCCUUCAUUGCAAGUGACCUCGGUACUGCUGGAAUGUGGUGCUGAUGUUGACUCGAGAGAUUAUGAGAACAACACUCCCCUGCAUAUAGCUGCAUUCAACAACAAUCUUGAUAUUAUGAACAUGUUAAUUGACACUGGUGCACAUUUUGAUGCCACCAAUUCUUCCAAGAAAACUGCUUGGGAUUUGCUGGAUGAAAAGAAGAUGGCCAAGAAUUUGAUUCAACCCAUCAACCACAUCACCCUGCAGUGCCUUGCUGCUCGUGCCAUUGAAAAACAUAAGGUCAUUUACAAAGGAUUAAUUCCAGAAGAAUUGGAUGCUUUCAUUCAACUACAUUGAAGUGCAAAAUUAAGUCUUUAUGAAUUUGGAUGCAUGGUUCACAUAAGGAUUUAAUAACUCGCUGACAUAAAUAUGAUAGAGACACUUCAGUGGGAUUAAAAUCAAUCCGCCUCCUGAAGGGCUAUUUCAAUUUUAGGGCUAAGUGCACGGAACAAAUUUAGUUUGGCAGAAUAUAUGCUGGUUGAUAUCUGCUAAACUGUCCAUUCUGAAUUGUAGCAAAAGACCAGAUGUUGGGUGAAGGAAAUCCAAUAAUUCACUUAGAGAAAAUUAGUUUAUAAUCUGCAAUUUUUUUUUAGUCUUGUACACUCUUCACUUGAUUUUUCCUGUUGCAACCACUGUUGCUACAUCCCAUGUCAUUUUACGUUUUGUGGAUUUGGAAGUUCUGAUUUCUGCACACACCAUACUCUCAGCUGUACUUCAUUAUUGUAGGAAAAUCUAAACAUACCCAAUAAAUCCUGUGUCCCCUGUAUAUUUCAGCUGCCUUUUAAGAUUCAGCAAAUAAUAUAUUCACAGUAAGUGCAGCAACGUCCAAAGAAACGCACGAGUGUGGGUUACACUUUAAAUUUCAAUAUGAAAUAGGCUACCAAAAUGAAACACAUAACACGCUCAAUGGAAUACUGGGGUAAAGAUCAAUCAGAGUAUUUCCCUACUACUGCAAAGUGGAAAUAACAUCAGAACUGGAAACAAUUAGUGUUCUGUUCAACAUCAGAUAAGUCAGUUAAUUGCAGAUUCCAGUCAACCUAUUGAGUUUGCACCAUUUGCUGUUCCAACAUUAGACGUGACUUCUGAGUUAUGUACACAGAUGUUAUAGUAAAUAGUUACUAUUUUGCUAGACAGCGUUUUGUAAAACUAGCUUUUACUUUUAUUGGCAGGCCUAAGAGUUGGUUUGUUAAACCAGUGGGCUUAUUUUACCUUCAAAUAUUACUAUGAUAUUGAAAUCGUGUCCAACCUAAUGAUUUUAACUUUAUGCCUUUCAACAUUCAAUCAUCUGUUUGAAACAUAUCUGUUACAAGACUCGGAGUUUAUAAAGGAUUCUUCAUAGAUUAGACAGAGGAAUGAAAUAAUGGAAAGAAGCACAGGCACUUUGAAGGUCCUCUACUCGGUAAAAUAUCCAGCAUGUUCUAAUGAUUGGUAGAUGUGUCCUACCUAAUUUUCUUCUGGCUAUGAUUUUUCUAAAAGAGUGUGGCUAUUUACAAUUUGUGUUUUAUUUUUAAACAGUUGGAACUGAACUGGUUACCCUCCUUGAGGUUGAUGGACUUUGUUACUGUUUAUGAAAUAGUGCCAAAAUUUUUCAGCUUCUUUUGGCCCCAUCAAUGAUACACGUCUCGCUUAUCACCAAAACACUGAAGUGACAUCAGUCCUAAAUUCCAGGAAUUGAUCAACAAGUUUAAUAAAUGGAGGCUCACUAUUGUAGCUAAGCUGGUUUUUGAGAAAAUAUCAUACACCGUUCAACCAAACUAUUACUUGAACAAUUCACUUUGGACAGGAUCAUCUCUUGUUCUUAUGAAUAAUUUUUAUUUGUAUUAGCAUGCUUCUGUCAGGGACUAACUGUUUUAGUUAUAAGGUUUAACUCACCACUGGCUGUUUUGGCAUCAGUGAAUGGUACGUGUUUGAAAUCAGAUAUGGUUAUCUGAUUCUGUAACGCAUCCAGUUAUCUUUGUACUUUCCCUGCAUCCAUGUAGUCAGUCUUGAGAUACUACCCUUCACAAAUAUACACACAUCCUUUUGUUUGCAAUCCGUUACAAAAAAUCAAAAGGCUAUGCAAAACUAGAUUUAAGUUGUUUCUCACAAAUGAGAAUUAGCAGCCUUGAAUCCUUCAGAUGGUAUUUCACCAAACUCUAACCCUUUGAUUUAGAAUAUUUGGAAAGGAGAUGGCCAUGCAGUUUAGUUUCUUGAUUUGUGUGUGUUCAGAAAAAUGGAGAAUGGUCAAAGUGAAUUUGUUGUAACAACAGAACUGCAAUAAAAAAAGUAAGCAAAGAAAAUAUUUUGUCAAAGGCACACAUACUGAAGUGAAACAGAGCAGAUACCUUUUUUGGGAACAUAACAUCUUUUGGAACUUGCACAUUCGUUAACUGCAAAAAAUAUUUUCCUUAGCACUGGAUGUGUGUCUCAUUUGACCUUUGUUGAGCCACAAGCCUGUUAAUAGAUCAGUUGUUCUCUGAAACAGAUGUGUGGGCUUUUUUUUACCAGUGUAAAAAUGUAACUGCAGUUACGAUAAAGGGAUUUUAAAGGAAGGCAGAGAUUUUUAAACACUGUUGUAAAUACUUGGAGUGUUAAAGGCACUAUGUAUAGAUCUAAUUUGUUUUAAUGGGUCUUUAUUUUAUGGGGAACUUGCAAACCCACUGUGUGACUGCAUGUUUUCACACAUGCAUAAGAAUGCUAAUACUGAUUUCUUCUUCGUAAUACAAUUAAAUGUAGCUUUUAGAACCUAUUUAUUUUAGCACAUUCUUCGCCCAGAGUUUACACUAGAUUGUUUGGCUUGAAGAGUAUUAAAUGUAAAUUGCUGCUGAGCUAUACCAGUGAUUGUAUGGCUCUUAUAAUAAAUGUAUAUCCAAAACAA